GCUUCCCGCCCAAAUACUCUCCAUUAACUCUCUCUCAAAGCCUAAAAACCUCAGAAGUUAGGGCUAAUCAUUCGCAACUCCGACGAGCGAUUCAUCUUCUCCAAUAAGAUAAAGAAAAUGGAUACAUCAAGUCCUUCAGUUUUUGUGAACGGAGCUUUGAUGAGGCGAUACGUUGGGCAAAAAGUCAGAACUGUGAUUCAAGUGAUCGGUUCAGAUAUUGGAUCUGUGGUCGGAAAAUCUACUGAUGAUCUUCAGAUCGUUGUUAGGGGAUCGUCUCCGACUCCUCCUCUUACUACUUACCUUGAGGUUAUUGGAAUUGCUGAGAGUGAUAACGCCAUUCGAGCUGAAACUUGGACCAAUUUUGGCAACAGUUUUGAUCCACACAACUACAACGAGCUAUGUAAGCUAGCAAAUGGGGAGUUCAAGCACUUGUUCAUCUAAUGCUGUGAUGGUGAUGAUUAUCGAAGCGAGUUCUUUUGCAGAUGGUUAUGCCUCAUAUCUAUUUUGAUGUCUCACCAUUUUCUGGUCCUAAGAUUUUCUUUACUUGGUCUAUGUAACAACUUCUUAAUCUAUUACAACUAAGCUUCUAUUGCUGUUUUGUUUAUGAA